CAUCGCCAUUGAACGUAAUAUUUUCGUUGCUGUCUGUAUCGAGCCCUUGACCCCCUCAUGCGCGGGGUAUGGUUUACAAUAAGAUUUAAUGGAUUCGAUGUUGUUUCUGCUACACCUAUAUCAUACCAAGUCUGCGCAUGAUACCAUGAGAAGGGUCGACCAUCACAUAAGAUGUAGCAACUCAGUAUCCCGUCUGUAAAGUCCGGGAAGAACACCAGCUCAGAAGAACGCAUUAAUUUUGUGUUAGAUAUUUCCGGCCGAAAGUGUUGGCUGCGAGAGGCCAAGAGACGAAUCAGUCGAAGUCGAGCUUUGAACCCUAGCCUUAAAGAAACAAAUAAACGUGUUAACAGUUCACUUUUGAAAACAACACCAACACUAAAAAAAAAAAAAGUCCCCCCCAAAAAAUCAAUUUCUUGUUCAAAUAUCAAAUAUCAAAAUUGAAGUUUAUUUUUGUUUCAUGUUAUAGAUGAUUUAAGAUGUUUAAAAGAACUGUCGGCACAAAGAAACGAAAGUGCAAGAAGCUCCACAAGGAGACCAUCAAUCCCUUUAAUGAUUCUUGCAGGAUGCUUUCGGCCUUGGAUGAAAGGCUCAACGAUAUAGAGAGACGAGGCCGAAGCCGCAAAAAGAAAAGAAGCCCUCCCUUGAGGCCCAUGCUGAAGAGGGCGGCCUCGACGCCGUCGAAAAUACCGUAUUCGUUUGAUCACAGAAGCUCUAGCUCUGAUUACCAACACAAGAGCGUGCGGUUCCAGAACCACCCGUAUUCGUGUCACGUGUCGGGUUUGAGCCCGCCACCCUGCCAAGGAAGAGACAGCUGUAAAUACACGCCGGUCCCUCGAAACUUGGGCUCCAUCCAGACAUCAGCUGGGGAUACCAUCAGCUCGUCAAACCAGCAUUACCUUCAUGACUCUACCGGGAAUUUUGGGGGCUACUCCAAGUCACUCAACAACAACUACGCCUGCGCCAACUCUGCUCCAUCCUUCAAGCUGUAUCCCACUGAGACCCCUGUGAGCAAAUACGGGUACUCCGACUACGACAAAGCAGGGGAACCGAAAAACUGGAAGCUGGCAUUGAAGCUGGACGAGCUCAUGCUUAAAUACAGCGAGUACAACACGCCAACGUCGAAGCCGUUCAAAGCCAAAGGAAGCCCUUAUCCUAUCAGCGCUAUGGACGCGAAGCACAGCUAUAGCGAAAUUGGUCGAAACAGUAACUCCUCCUGGAAACAGGACACUUCGGGGAUGUCAAGGGCGCCAUAUACAUCUCCUUAUAAAGACUACUAUUCCAACACACCAUCGUUUUCCAAGUACGCCUCAUUCUACGGUGACAACUUAGGAAUGACUCCUAACCCUAGCGCCGCCUCUGCAGGUUUUAACCCUUACGGGAGCGCCAGCUUUCGCUCAGACGCGUACAAAUCCUUCAACGAUAACAGAAGUGCUUAUCUCAACGAUUCAUCAGACUGGAAUUCAUCAAAAGUGAUACCCAGUGAAAUAGAUGUGAGGAGCAAGAGAAGCACGUCGUUGAAGCAACAUCUAGAGAAUGGCUUGAAGCGUAGCUCGUACGGUCUUGACAGCAGCAACAAUACGUUUUCUUCUUCCUCCAACACGUCCUCGAAGUACGGUGAUGACCUCAAAUGCAUGCCCGGAGGAACACUAUCCUAUGAUAUCUCCAAGCUGAAGGGUGAAUUAUUCAGUAGCGGUAGCCUUUUGAACAGUCAGGGUAAUGAAUCAACUAGGGUCUCCGCGAUGCUUUCAGAGUAUCAGAGAAUGGACUACUACCGAAAGACGAUGCAGAACCAAAGACAGAAGAACCUAGAAUUGUUAGAAAGAUACGUGUUUGGAACCCCAAAGAACAAGUCUAACGAGUUCUUAUGCAACAAGAAUGACAACCGAAUGAAUUUAGACGUGAUCUCAACUGGUUCCACGUUGGACGAGAAAAUAUUUGAAUCCCUGAAGAAAAAAUACGAUCCAGCACCUAGCUCGAUCCUGAGCGGUAAGUACAAGAUUAUGAACAAUAGUCGCAGCUCAGACAACUUGCCCUACACAGCACGAAGCAGGUCUUUAAGUAGCGGUGCGUUGGACCACAGAGGACUAACAGGUGCUAGGUCAGUGUUGGACGUCUCGAUAGAUCGUUUCCCCAAGACCAACAAGUACUUGAGCAGGGGGACCUCGGCAGACGAUAUCAGGUCCUUGUAUGUGCCUAGUGUCGAGACGACAUUUAAAGAGCAUGCUUCGCGAAGAUGCAAAACCCCAGAGGAUUACACGGUCAAAUCUCAGUUGCCCCAGUCUAUGAGUAGAGAGUACCGAAGGAGAAGUCCAAGUAUCGAUCCUGAUCAAGCUACUCAAUGUUUUUCCCUCUAUAGUUACGGCUCCAACAAGAACCGCAAUUACAGCCCAAUCGGCAACAAGAAAGAUUUUCCGGAUACCAGUAAUAGAGACAGCGUGGGUCUCUACAGCUCCGGUAGCUCUAAGACUAAAAUUUCCACCCAUAGCGAUUACUCCAACAGCGUUUCCAGAGAUGUUAGUAACACGAAAACCUCGGGGCUUUCCAAUAACUACUCUUCUGACUAUCAGUCCAUGUAUAAAUACGGAUCAAAAGAUGAUAAGACAUCGUUCUCUAAAAAUCUCAACGAUACCAAUAACUGGUCCAGUAAAAGCCCUCUGACACAGUCAGGGUCCAAGAAAUCGGAAGCUCUGAGUCCUUCUUUUUAUCUCGGAGGUGGCAGAACCACGAAAGAUUACUCCGCCAACGCGAAGCAGGAGAGCAUAAUGAAGAAGAUGGAACUUCCUUGCGAUAGCUCGGAUUAUUUCAGCGUCAACCGCGGCAGCAAAAACGCUGAUAACUCACCUCGCAAAGGCGCCGGCGGCUCCUCUUCUGGGAUAAUAGAAGAAAAGUUUAUAAGCUCCAACAUAGCCUCCAAGAUCCCGCCUGUGAGCUACUCUUGCAAACACGUGAUCAACCUCUGUCUGGAUGACGAAACAAACAGGCUGAAGAACAUUAACUCUCUAAUCAAAAAGACUGCCAAUUUGGGCAACACUUCAAACAACCAUUGCAUCUCGGAAAACGAGGAGUCCUCUUUGACUGAUCUUCAGUGUAACCUCUGACACCAUUUUUACCCGCGUUUAUAUUUAAGUUUGCCAGAAGUAUGUGGGUGCGGGGUGCUGGCAUCUAAAUAAGAUCAGAUGUCCAUUCCUUUGUUUGUUUUAUAUGUCAUGAAUAUAUAACACCUUUUUUAUUUAACAUUUAAUGUUAACUGUUCAUACAAAAUGUUUAAGCCAAUUACAAGGGGUUUUACUUUCCAAUGUUGUUUGUUGCCAGGCAACGCAAAAACAAAUGUAAGAAUCAAAAUGUUUUUUUUUUCUAUUGAAGUCUUAAAAGGACAUGAAUAGAAAUCUAAUGGUACCUGUUGUCGUUAGAACGUGGGACUGGCGUUCCAUUAUAGUGAGUACACUAUGCCAAAACUACAAUGAAUAUGUUAAGGUCCUUAAUAAAAAAAAUGGUUUGCAAUCUUGCACUUAUUGUAGUUUUAAUGUACCAACAGCAUCAUUUAUAAGAUAUAAUAUACAUUUGAAUUUAAAUAUCGUAUACAAUAAAAACAUUUCUAAGAUUAGACAACUCAUUAUACCGAGCUUCUUUACGUGACUGCAAAAGGAGUUAUCUAUCUUUGGAUUUUAUAUACUCACAUCAUAAAUAAAAUGCUAUAUGAACUAUA